CGGUCCAUUUCAAAUUCAAAAUAAAAUCAACAAAAAAUUUAUUAAUUCCACACUCUAGAUUCACGAAAUUGUUGACUUAUCUUGUUGUUCGGUGAAUAGUUCAGGAAUAGUUAGCUGAGUGCGUGUGAACUUGACAAGUUUUUAAAAAGUGUUGACAUGGUGGAAUGUUUAUGGUGGAAUCAAUUCAGAUCUCUGGCGAUAUAUUCUGGGGCUUGAAUCCCUGAUUUUUCCUCUGGAAAUAUCCAACCCUGAGAUUUUCAAUCAUCUGGACUAGUGGGAAUGGAGGGUAAAUUCCAGAGUCAAAAUGGUGAGGAUGAGACUCCUCACAUAAACGGAAAGAAAAUGUCCAUGACGUUGAACGUCAACGGACUCUGGGACGUUGUCCCUCGUCUGGACCACUACAGAGCUAGCAGGCGAGCAAAGAGGCCCUCCCUGAGUGAUCUGCACGAUGGAAACCCCGUGAAAGAGGGUAAUGUCGAGGCUGGAGUUGUUCCUGGCCCUGUUCAUGGGGGCAUUAAACUGGGGUGGAUCCAGGGGGUGCUUAUACCAUGCUUAUUGAACAUCUGGGGGGUAAUGCUCUUUCUACGACUCUCUUGGAUUGUUGCUCAGGCUGGAAUCCUCCAGAGUAUGAUUAUUAUUGGAAUAUCAGCUGGAGUUUGUGUCAUCACUACUCUGAGUCUCAGUGCAAUUAGCACUAAUGGCGAAGUAAAGGGAGGCGGAAUCUACUUUAUAAUAUCACGAUCACUCGGGCCUGAAUUUGGGGCCUCCGUUGGAAUAGUAUUUGCAUUCGCUAAUGCUGUUGCUGCAUCGAUGAACACCAUAGGAUUUUGCGACUCGAUGAAUGAGCUUCUUAAACCCACAGGGGGGAUUAUAGAUAAUGCUGUACAAGAUACCAGGAUUAUCGGAUGUAUCGCAAUGUUCAUUAUGAUAUUAAUUUGCGCCGGGGGGAUGGAGUGGGAGUCCAAGGCCCAGAAUUUUCUGAUUGGCAUCAUCGUCAUCGCCAUGUUCGAUUUCCUGAUCGGUGCGAUCGUUGGCCCAAGGAGUUCCAUUCAAGAAAACGCUGGAUUCGUUGGAUUCUCGGCGGAGACCUUCGCAUCGAAUUGGGGAGCUGAUUAUCGUCGUUUUGAAAAUGUGAAUUACGACUUCUUCUCAGUCUUCGCUAUCUUCUUUCCAUCGGUAACUGGAAUUCAAGCCGGUGCCAACAUAUCUGGAGAUCUGAAAGAUCCUGCCAGCAGCAUUCCUAGUGGAACACUCUUGGCGCUGCUCAUCUCAAUGAUCAGUUACGUCAUGUUCGUGCUUUUUGCUGGAGGUGCUGCUGUGCGUGAUGCAUACGGUAGUUACGAUAAUGGGACCAUUAUCAAUUGCACCGUAGGGAUUGACUGCGAAUACGGUCUUCACAAUAGUGUUUCGAUCAUGCAAAUGAUGUCACUCUGGGGUCCAUUAAUCUACGCCGGAUGUUUCGCAGCAACUUUGUCGACAGCCCUGACAAAUCUACUGUCAGUUCCUAGAUUAAUUCAGGCCCUAGGUCGAGAUCGAAUUUAUCCAGGAUUGAUAUUCUUCAGCAAGGGCUACGGAAAAGCUGGUGAGCCCUAUCGCGGCUACGUUCUAACUUUCUUCGUGGCAGCAGGCUUUCUUCUUAUCGCCAAUCUGAACGCUGUGGCACCGCUUAUCUCGAAUUUUUAUCUAGCCUCGUAUGCCCUAAUAAACUUCUGCACCUUUCAUGCUGCGCUCAUCAGACCUCUCGGCUGGCGGCCGACUUUCAAGUAUUACAACACCUGGUUAUCGUUACUUGGCUUUAUUCUCUGUGUGGCCUUCAUGUUUCUGAUCGACUGGGUUACAGCGCUCAUUACUUUCGUCGUUAUUUUCGCGCUUUAUCUCAUUGUUGUUUAUCGUAAACCUGAUGUCAAUUGGGGGGAUAGUACCCAGGCGCAGACUUAUAAGACAGCAUUAUCUGUUGUCCACAGACUGAACUCCAUCGACGAGCACGUGAAGAAUUAUGCUCCUCAGAUUCUCGCCCUGUCAGGUGCACCAGGAACUCGUCCAGAUCUUCUUCAUUUGGCAAAUCUCAUUACGAAGAAUAAUUCCCUCUUAAUCGCAGGGGAAGUUUGCCCGGAUCGUCUUUCCUAUCGGCAAAGAUCAGUGAGAUUGAGAAAUGGAUAUGCGUGGCUCCAGAGACAUCGGAUCAAGGCAUUUUAUCACGUCGUGGGAGAUCUGUGUUUCGAGAGGGGUGCCUCAGCCCUCAUGCAAGCAACAGGGGUUGGUAAACUAGCCCCUAAUGUUGUGUUAAUGGGCUACAAGACACACUGGGCCAGUUGUAAUUACAAGGAUCUCCAUGAGUACUUCAAUGUCCUCCAUACUGCAUUCGAUCAAAAACUGGCAGUUGCUAUGCUGCGUGUACCAAAUGGAUUGGAUUCAUCGGUUAUCUCUAAUCAUAUCGAUGAGGAGCACCUGAUGCAGAGUAGUUACGAUCUUGCUGGAAAUACGUUGAUGCACGCAGACAGUGAUUUAUCAAUGAGCAGCAUUAUGCCGAGGGUUCAGAGUGUACCGACAAUUGGUACUCAGUAUGUUGGGGUUGAUAGUCCCUCUUCCAUCGCCAGGGAAUCUCCCACGCACUUCAGUGCCAGGGAUCAUUUGAAAUUCAAAAAGAAACAUGCAGCCGAUAAAAUGUUGUAUGAGAGGAAAAUUGGCACGAUUUCACAACCGGAGUACAUGACUGUUUUCACAAAGAAGCAUAAGCGCGGUGUCAUUGAUGUCUGGUGGUUGUACGAUGAUGGAGGAUUAACGAUCCUAUUACCAUACAUCAUCAGUACAAGGACAAAUUGGGAGCAUUGCAAGAUGAGGAUAUUUGCCCUAGCGAAUCACAAACAGGAAAUUGGAGCACAGGAGAAAGAAAUGGCAGAAAUCAUGGCUAAAUUUCGGAUUAAGUACGAGAGCUUGAAAAUGGUGGAUGACAUCAGCGUUCGGCCGAAACCGGAAACUCAGGAGUUCUUCGACAAGCUCGUCGCUGAUUUCCGUAAAAACGAAUCGAAUGGCUCCCCAGACUGUCUGAUAACAGAAUUGGAACUGCAGACACUGAGGGAUAAGACGUAUCGACAGCUGCGUCUUAGGGAACUGCUCUUGGAAAACUCUAGUCAAUCGACAUUAGUCGUGAUGUCUCUCCCGAUGCCGAGGAAGGGGGCAGUCUCGGCACCACUUUACAUGGCGUGGCUGGAGGCCCUGACCGCCGAUAUGCCGCCGACUCUCCUCAUCCGAGGAAAUCAGGCAUCCGUCUUAACAUUCUAUUCGUAGUCAUGUAAUACACGAUGCAGUCAUACGUACGAAUAAUCUCAUAAUUUCCCGAUGAAUGUGUCGAUAAUUAAUAGAAAAAUGAGCAACAAAUCGACACCAGAGAAAAAAUGUUUCAUGGGUAAUGAAAAACCCAGUGCUGCUCUCUCACCCUCAGAACUCCCACAGUAUUUUUACCGUCAAUGCCUCCAAUAUAUACCCUUAAAUCAUCUCCCAUAUUUAUUUCAAUCCCUAAAUAUCCAGUUAUUUAGACGAAAACAUGUGUAUAUACUUAAUGAAAAGCUCAUUGAGCAGCUGUAGACGUAAUCGAACUCAAGUUCAAUCCAUAAUCUGUAACUAUACGAUUACUUAAAAUGCAACACGACAGUAUUUAUUAUUUUCUAAAUGUAUAUCCGUUUCUGUAGGCAAUGAAUCACUUAUUAAUUGAAUAAGAUAAAAUACGAAAUUUAAA